ACAGUCGGGAAAUUAAGUCCAGUCACAAAUAAUCGUUGAAAGUAAAAUAUCUCAAAUUAAUUGUUUUCAGAUCGAAAGUUUUGCAAAUCUGUGCUGCCGAAUGUAUACGAGCAUCGAUUAGAGAAAUGCAACAAAAAUUGUUACUGUCCCUCUUUGUGAUUUUCUGCAGUCUAUAUGGUUUCGGCGAAAGUGAUACCAUCUUGCCCGAUCCCGCUGGACUCUGCAGCCUGUUCCAGGAUGGUACUCGUAUUCGAAAGCCCGGCUCAUGCACAGAGUAUAUUCAUUGUGCCAACUCCACGGGCAUUACCCACUCAUGCCCAUCCACACAGAAGUUCGAUCGUAGUAAGCAAAGCUGCGUCUUAGAAAAAAAUCUAUCGGACACUGACGACUAUUGCAGAAAUCGUUGUGAGGGUAUUGACGGCAAAUGGAUCACCGACCCCGCUUCCUGCAAGGGAUAUCUCUAUUGCAAAUCAGGGCAAUCAUUCCAGGGUUAUUGUGCAAGUGAUUAUGUUUUCAACGAAAAAAAUGCAAUCUGCGAUUUUGCGGAUAACUACAAUUGCAAUGUGGUGCCAGAAAUUUGUGACUUGGUGCCGAAUGGAAUGCAAUACCGCCACACAACUGACUGCAAUAAAUACUACACGUGUACGAAAGGCGUAAGUGUGAGCACCAAGUGCACCAAAAACACGCAUUACAAUGUGCAAACGAAAUCUUGUGGCCAACAAUGGCUGGAUAGCUCUUGCAUACCCACUUUCACCUGUGGAACAAAUACGAAAAUACUUAAAGGCUUCCAAUCGGAUGGCGCUACAUGUCGUGGCUAUUUCUAUUGUCGCGAUCUGGGAACCGAACGGGACUUGGAACCUGGCUAUGGCCAAUGUCCUGAGGGUACGUUUUUCCACCAAAGUACUCAAGCAUGUAUCGAUCCGCUCAAGUCAGACUGCGCAUAUAAUCGAUGUCAAGGUCGCAAUAUUACUUACGUGCAGACUAACAAUGAUAACUGCCGAAACUUUAUCCUUUGCGAGAAUGGUGUAGCGACUAAAACACAACGUUGCUCUGGCGACAAGUUUUUUGAUGAAAAAAUGCAGGCUUGUGUAACCAAUAUAGUUUCGUAUGAUUGUUGUGAUGGGAAGUAGAAAACAGGAACUUCUAAUAAAAAUACAAAAUUUUAAACAAAUAAUAUGAUAGCCAGCAAACCAAAAUGUAUAGCAUUAGUAGUUGCGAAAUUCGCAUGUAAACCCAGACUAAUAACCUCCAACUAAACCUUACAAAAAUGUGUAAAACGACACACCACGAAGGUGCAUAGCCUUCACUGUGGGUGGACAUAAUCGGUACGAACUUUUUGUUACAGAGAAAAUGAACUGCCAGUACUAAUACGUGCGAUAUAGGGCCUGCAUAACGAUUUCGCCAAAAGUUGUAAAUUUCGUUUAAAUUAAAUAAACCAAAUAUAUAUAUAAAUAACUAAACUCCCAUUGAGCUCGAAGUUCGUAAUUUUUCGCGAUGGCAGUGCAGUCUUCGCUCACACUUGUACACGGAUUUGGAAUUGAAAAGGGAGGUUUGGGUAAUGAUAUUUGCAAAGAAAAAACGCAUUUUUUCAUAUUCAGAAUAAAUGUGAGA